AACUCGAAAAUACUCAAUAAACUGAUUCUGUGGUUAGACCGAUCCAAUAAAAAGUGUGUAUAUUAUUCAAUUCUUCUUUUGUGUGAAUUAAUAAAUUAUAUUCAUUUUUUUAAAUUUAAUAAAUCAAAAAUUUAAUUAUUAAAAUUAAAGUGAAUUAAAAAUGUUUUCAAGUUUAACAGGUUCAUUCAAGAGCAUAGGCGCAAAGACUAGCGCACUUUUUGAACGCAAAAAGAAAGAAGUCGCUGAAAUUGUUGAAGAAAAGGAAAAAGAAUUAGUAAAAGCAAUCGAUGAAACAGUUAAGAAAACAGCUGAAGAAUUGGAAAAAGCAAAAUUAGAUGUUGAGAAAGUUGCAAUCGAAACCGGUACUGAAAUUAAGGAAACGACAUCUGCAGAAGUAGCCAAAGCCGGUUCAGAAAUUGAGAAAAAUUUACACGAAACUGCUAAAACACUUGAUAAUAAACUGAAAGAUACUGUGACUAAUGUUGAUAAUAAGCUGAAAGACACUGUAACCAAUGUUGAUAAUAAAUUUAAAGACACAGUGUCAACUGUCGACAAUAAAUUGAUAGAAACUGGUAAAGCAAUUGAUUCGAAAUUACAUGAAACUGAAGAAACUCUAAAGAAUACUGGAAAAGCUCUGGAUUCAAAACUAAAAGAAACUGAGAAACAUGUAGCGGAUAAAAUAGUUACAACUGCAAACACAAUUGAUACAAAAAUCGCUGAAACUAAGAAAACCGCAGCUGAUACAGUAAUUAACACAGGAAAGGCAAUUGAUUCAAAAAUCGCAGAAACUAAAAAAGCAGCAGCUGAUAAAGUAAUUAACACAGGAAAGGCAAUUGAUUCAAAAAUCGCAGAAACUAAAAAAACAGCAGCUGAUAAAGUAAUCAACACAGGAAAGGCAAUUGAUUCUAAAUUACAAGAAACAGAAAAAAAUCUUAAUGAUAAACUCGUGAAUACAGCUCAGACAAUUGAUAAUAAAACAGCUGAAAUUGGUAAAAAUAUUGAUAAUAGUUUGAAUAAAACCAAUCAAAAAGUUAAAGAAAUCGAUAAUGCAAUUAAUACGAAGAUUCAACAAGCGAAUAAAACGACACACGAUACCUUAAGCGAUUUGAAACAAGAAGUUGAUACCAACUUAAUAAAUACUUCAGAUAAGCUUGCCACAACAAUAGGUGCAUUAGAUGCACAUCUCAAAUAAAUGCGAGCUUUUAUAAAACGCUUUUGUUGAUAUGGAUGUCUGCUUUUUAUAUAAAUUUUUUAGUAUAUAGGAAAAUGAAACAUUUUUAUAAAGUGUUUUAAAAAUACGCUUAAGUCUCAAUCAAACAUCAAUAUUUUAGAGCCAUAUAUAAUUGCCGUUUUAUGCGAAGUUUUUGGCAGCAAUAUAUUUUAAUAUCGAAUAUUUUACGUUUGAACUUAACCAUGGACGAAUAAAAUUGAAUGUAUGCAUGCGGUAAGGUCAGGGAUGGCGAACCUUUCGGAAUUCUUAAUUAGGCCAUAGACGUGCCGUCAAAUAAUUUUGACUUCGCGAUUUUAGGGAUUCGCAAUUAAUUUUUUUUAAAUGAUAUUUCCUACACAAUAUAUCGAGCAAAAACAGCUAAACGUGGAGAUUUAUAGUAACGUAGUUUCUUCAAAAAUCUCCUUUUUGAAAGGUUUACUAUCUCGAGCAAUGACAUUUGCAGAUCGAGUAAUUUGCCGCGCUCGUAUGACAAUUACCAAAACAUUUAAUCAUAGACGUCGACUGUUUAUUUCUGUUUUCAUUGUACUUGUAACUAAUUGCUUUGGCUCUGAUUCGUUUUUUGACUAACAGAUUUUGAUUUUCUUUCCUCUGAAAGCAUGGGUGUUGACAAAGGGGGGUAGGUAGCUUAGUUCCUCCCCCUCCAAUUGCCCGAUUUCUUUAAAAAAGUAAAAUUCUACUGAAUUCAAAAUUUUAGUUAUCG